CCUUACACUGCUCAGCCCGCUCUUCGUGGCUGUAUUGAAGUUGUUACUCUAAGUUCUUUGACGUUUUUCUGUUGUCUAGUGACUUCAGUCUUAUGUUUUCUUGUGUUGAAGUUUAUUCAAAUUUUCAAAGCAUUAUAAAGUUGUUGUUAGUUGGUUUUGGGUUUUAGUGGUUUACAAGCAAAAGGGUGUUUGUUUAUUAUCGGUGACUGCUUAAACAUGACAGUUGAUUUUCGUGAUUAUUUCUGGGGAGAAAAAAAUAAUGGUUUUGAUGUACUAUAUCAUAAUAUGAAAUAUGGAUUAGUUGCAAGCAAGGAACUAGUUGACUUCCUGCGUGAAAGAUCCAAUAUUGAAGAGAAUAACUGGAAACUUGUUUGUAAGCUAGCAAAACAGGCUAGUGGAAGUUCUAGUCAAGGAACUUUUGCUCCUCUUUGGACUCUCCUUCGUAAUACAGCUGAAAGAAUUGCCUCUUUGCACUUGCAAAUGGUUCAUAAAGUUGGCGAUCUAGUGAAAGAUGUUUCAAAAUAUGCAGAUGAACUUCAUAAGAAACACAAAACCGUUAAAGAAGAAGAAGGAGGUACUUUAGAAGUUGUUCAGGCUAUACAAUCUACCUCAUUAACGCUUCAAAAAGCUAGAGAUUCAUUUACUCAGAAGGGAUUAGAACUUGACAAACUGAAAAAGGAAAGUGCCUCUCCUAGAGAACUUGAAAAGGCAGAACAAAAGUUAAAAAAAGCUCAAGAAGAAUACAAAGUAUUGGUAGAAAAGUAUGGAGCUGUCAAAGAAGAUUUUGAAAGGAAAAUGUCACUAGCAUGCAAACAUUUUCAAGAAGUGGAAGAAGUUCAUUUAAAACAAAUGAAAGAAUUUUUAACCACUUAUGCUGAAUUAGUUGAAAAUAAUCAUGAUUUAAUGGGCCAGGUACAUAUGGACUUUAAAAGACAAUGCAUUGAAAUGACUGUAGAUAAAUUGCUAGAACAAUUUGUUUUGGACAAAUACACAGGACUUGAGAAACCAGGUGCUAUCGAUUUGGAUGGAGUCAUAGAAGGUCUUAGUAUUAAUGAUAUAGUGAAAAAUGCUUCAACAUCAUCAAGUGUGACUGCUACAGCGCAGCCUACAACAUUGAAACGGGAAGGUAAUUCUGGUAUUUGGGACAAGUCUAAGCAGUCCCGCCGAGCAACCUCUCUCCUAAAUAUCUUCUUGCCUAACUCCUAUGGAAAGGACCAUUCAGUUGCAAUGGCCACAUCAGCACCAACGAGUCCUAUACCUCCUGAUACGUCUACUAUGUCUCGACAACCCCUCAGAGGAUCAAAAUGGUUCCUAAGAAGUCGUCGUGAAAAAAAGAAAGAAAAGAAAGGGAAAAAGAAAAAAGAUGUGCCUCCUGAUAACACUAGUAAUAAGGAAGAAAAAUCAGAUGUAGAGGAGAAAGAAGAAAUUCAAAAGUCCAAAACUCCUACUCCUGAAGUUGAUGAAGAAGGGUAUUGUGUUAGACCAAAACUUGAACCAUGGGAAAUAGAUACAGGGGGCAGUUUCUAUUCAAGUUCUGACACUGAUUCAGAUGAAGAUAGGGAAAAGAAAAUAAGGGUUGAAAUCAAGCCUAUAAGUAAUGGAGCUGGUCCUAUGAGUGCUAGCGUUGACGAACUUCGUGCAACAGUAGAAAAUUUUUCUUUAUCUCCAUUGGGUGUCAAUAUGGCUAAACGAGGAACUGGUAGCCUAAAUAAUCAAAUGAAAAGAUCUCAGUCUGUAUCUCAACAGAUUGGAGGGAAAACAGCAUCGGACUUAACUAACAUGAACUUAGUUCAAAGUCCGACUGGUUCCAGUGCUUCAACCCCUACUGGUAAUCAUCCUUAUGCUCCUCUUCAAAGUCCAACACCUCCAGCAUCAAAUAGAUAUUCAGAAAUUGGAGAUCUUUUUAGUGAAGUCGGGGAUAUACAAGGUCCUCCAUCUAGAACAAAUCAAAGUUCCACUCCUACCUCUGCUUCAGGGAUAAUUAUUCCAAGGCCACCUUCCAGGAGAAGUGAAGGUGGUGUAAGAAGUCCAUUACCUGGAAAUUUAACACAUGGUGAUAGUUUAGAAUUCAGAGCUUCUGGUAUUCCUUUAGGAUCUUCUAGAGGGCCAUCCCCUCUUACUAUCGGCCUUGCUGAUACCAUUCCUCUUGCCGUUGCAUUCCAUGAAAUUAUCCAUUCUUAUUUUAGAGGAACUGAUGAAGAUAAGUGUCAAGUUAAACUUUGUGGUGAUAUGAUGGUGUCUUUUCCUGCUGGUAUUGUUAGUAUUUUAACCAGCAACCCUAAUCCAGCCCAAUUGUCUUUUAAGGUUUACAAUUCAUCUAACAUUGAAAACAUUUUACCAAAUAAGCAGCUUAUUAAUAUUGAUACUGUGCAAACAAUAAGGGAAGGAAGUAUAUAUGAAUUCAAUAUGAGUGCCUUAACUGCUUUAUUGCGUCGUCAGUCUGAACAAAACCCAAAUGCUUCAUAUUUUAAUGUAGAUAUAUUAAAAUAUCAGAUUAAACCUAAAGUGGGUGCUGAAUCUUGUCCAUUACAACUUGUUGCAUACUGGAAACGAGAAGUUAACCAAACUAACUUGAAAAUAGACUACAAAUACAAUUCUCAUGCAAUGUCUUCACCAUCACCUUUACUUAAUUUAACUAUUGCUGUGCCUGUUGAUGGUGGUGUUACUAAUAUGCAAACCAAACCUGCAGCUCAUUGGGUGCAAGAAACUCAGCGAGCUAUAUGGAAGUUUACUGAACUGUCCUUACAUUGUGACAAACAUGGUGUUGGGUCUUUGCGUGGGCGUUUUGAAGUUUCAAAUGGUCCUAGCUCAUUGGCAACUAUUGCUGCUCAAUUUAAUUGUGAAGGAGCAACAUUAUCAGGAAUAGAAUUCCAAUUAAUUGGUCAUGGUUACCGUUUAUCACUUGUGAAGAAGAGAUUUGUGUCAGGAAAGUAUAUCUGUGAUGGAGGAGACGCCGAUUCCAAAUUUCGAUAUGCCUCAACAGCUACGGUGGAAAGCUAACAUAAGUUAACAAAUUAUAACUAUUAAUAGAACUGAACGGUAUUAUUUUAAAUUUUGUAAUUAUGAGAUUAUUUAAUAUAUAAAACAAUUUAAUAAGAAUUUUGUUUUUAUUUAGAGCUCUUUAAUCCUAUAAAGGAAUCAAAAUAUAAGUUAGGGCUGUGUUAAAGGAAUCCUGUUAUUCCAUAAAAAUAGAUCAAUUCCAGUUAUAAUAUUCAUGUUUUUAAAGAAUGCCUUAUGUAAUAUUGAUGCUAUUGUUUAUUUCAGAGAGUUCUUGAUGUAUUGAACAUUAUAUGUCUUAUUUUAGUCCAUUUUUUUUGUAAUUUACAAUUGUUUGCUAAUCUCUAACAAAAACAUAGAACUACUAUUUAAUUAAAUAAAUCACUUUCCACUUGAGAACUCUCUGUAUUAAACUAUCUAGUAUACACUGGAGCAUCUCAUAAUUAUAAUUAGUCAAUAAAUAGAUAGUUAAAAAGUACAUAUUAUUUUUUUUUCAACUAUGUCCAAUGAAAGUUAAGUGUAAAUAUAUGACUUUUAGUUUAAGACAUUUUAUAAUUCUGACUAGUUUUCAUUUAUGUGAAGUUUAAUUAUUUAACUACUUAAGCAAAUAAUAUGUUGAAUUACCUCUUUACAACAUAUCAUCAUAUUAUUUUGUUCAGGUGAUCUUCUAUUGACUUAAUUAUAAGUUGAUUACUUUUAAGUUGUUUUAUUACCAUUUAGUUUAGUAACUGUAUAUUUAUAAGAAACCAUGUUUAAUAAUGUUAUUUGAAAACUAAAUUAAAAUACUACUUCAGUAUUUUUGUAUUACAACCAAUAAAAUUGGUUUGAGUAAUAUAUUGGUUUAAUAAACCAAAUUUUCUAUCUAU